UUGGGAUUCAAGUCCGUCAGCCAGGGCGUCUCACCCGAUGAGAGGGAAAAUGAAAAGAAAUCAGCUAGAGCGCUCUGACUACCGGAUGCCAAUGAGUGGACACCGGUUUGUCAUCAGUUCCGAAGGCUUCGAAUGGCUCUCAAUAUGAUAAAAAUGACUCUCUACACCCCCAAGUAGGGGGCAGUCCUAGUUUUAUAAAAUGAACCUACCCGGGUUAAACCACGGACUUCUAGAUAUAUGGAAAUAUGGACUGCGAACGAGCUUGCCGGCCAAUCGGCCUGCUCUUGGUCAUAGCCACUCUGAGCCACUUUUCGAAUUAAAGUAAUAAAAUUAGAAACGUAGAUCUCUUCAAUUAACGGUCGGUCAAUUUUACAUCAUUUACAUGCAAAGUCGCUUGUUUCAAAGUUAUGUUGUUAAAAGCUUAUGUAGCUGACCAAGAGCAGGCCUAAAAUUCAAAUUUUAUGUAGUGUUUACUACAUAACUUUGAACAUGUCUCCUGAGUUCCCUAAGUAUAGGUUUGGGCUCAAACUUGGCUGAGUUCAUCUAUUCCACCAGACCUUGUGGUCGUAUGAAGUGCUUAUUUGGAAUAAGAUGAGCGGUUUAGGAGAUAGAAUAUUUUUGCUUCCGUUGGCAGUCCAUAUCUCUAGAAGUCCGUGGUUAAACCCAUCGUGGUCUUAUGCAGCCUAAUCUAAACGAUAUUGAACGAGUUUAAACUUAAUAUCUAAACCCUACAUCAAUUAUAUUGAGGUUUUUUUCCGCCUUUCUUGGGUAUCCAUCAACAUUAACUUGCGAUACUGGCCAGCAUAACUUAUCUGGCGGUCCCAAUUAAUGGGAGAUGUUGUUUCUUUUUUCUUGCUGUGCACGGUCCACCAAAUUGUGUCCUUGACCGGGAUCAAUUUCUCGACCCGCUCCAUCAUCGGAUUCGUGGAGUUGACCAUUCUCCCGCAAAAGGAUAACAUUCGCCACGUCCGAUUGAACGCCAAACAAUGUCGGAUCUACAAAGUGUCGCUCAAUGCCAGUCUGGAGGCGCCUUUCCAAUAUUUUGAUCCCACUUUGGAAGUGAGUCAAGGCGCCACCAAAAACCAGUAUGAUCUCGAGACAUUUUCCGAAUGCCAUUUGUCCGGCUGCAAUCUCGUGGAUCCCGAUCUCAAUGGCGGCGAGUUGAAUAUCAAAAUCCCAAGUGAGGCGUAUGCCCUGGAUUAUAUCGGGAUCAACAAGCCGCUCAAAAUUCAGGUGGAGUUCUCUUUGGUUGAACCCCAAGGCGGAAUUCACUUCGUCAUCCCGGAGAACCCGCUCCAGAAUUGCGAGGUGUCCGGCGAAGGUGCGGCCUCGGCUGCCGGCGGUUCGGCCUCGGCUACGCCCAGUCCCGCCUCCACCGUCAGUCUGGCCGAGCGUGGUGCCCACAUGUAUACCUGCGGGCACGAGAAUUCUUCUAGAUUGUGGUUUCCUUGUAUCGAUACCUUGAGUGAGCUCUGUACGUGGAAACUGGAAUUCACGGUGGACGAAAGCAUGACUGCCGUGUCAUGUGGCGAUCUCGUUGAGACCGUGUACACGCAUGAUAUGAAACGUAAGACCUUUCACUACGUGGUGGACACGCCUACCGCCGCGCCCAACAUUGCUUUGGUGGUGGGGCCGUUCGAGAUCUACGUGGAUCCGAACAUGCACGAAGUGACUCAUUUCUGCUUACCCCAUCUGUUACCCGUGCUCAAAGCCACCGUCCGAUGGGUACAUGAGACCUUCGAGUUCAUGGAGACCGUUCUGAACAGUCGAUUCCCAUACACCAACUACAAGCAAGUUUUUGUGGACGAAGCCUACACGGAUCACACGUGUUUCUCGUCGUUAUCCAUUUUAAGCACCACAUUGCUUCAUUCCUCGGCUGUGGUGGAUCAGGUCUAUGAAACGAGAAAGAUUGGUGCUCAUGCAUUGGCCUGUCAGUAUUACGGAUGCUUCAUUACCACGGAAAAGUGGUCGGAUUUGUGGUUAAGGAAGGGUAUAUCUCGAUAUCUGGCCGGUCUCUUUGUCAAGAAGUUCUUUGGCAAUAACGAGUAUCGGCAAAUGAUCCACCAACAAAUGGAACAAGUGAUCAAAUAUGAAGAAAAAUAUGGGGGCAUCAUCUUAGAUAGCAGUGUCCCACCCAAAAGCACAGUGCCUGCUGGAGCUAGAGGCGAGGCCCAUCGUGAGGUUCAGAUCCAAGAAAACCCAUUCGCUUUCCCACCGUCCAAUGUCAACACGUGCUCUCCCGAGUAUCUUGAGAUCAUGGCCCUGAAGUCUCAUCUCUCGAUUCGGAUGCUUGAAAAUCGCAUUGGAGCACAGCAAUUGCUCCAAGUGUUGAACAAACAAUUGUCCUUGGCCACGACCGCUUCUCAAACCAAAAAUAAUCCGGCUGCUUGGGACAACAUGGUCCUGAACACGUCCACUUUCAGCAAAUCCAUCUUCAUGGUCACUGGCAAGGACAUGAAUGUGUUUUUCGACCAAUGGAUCCGAUCCGGGGGUCAUGCCCGAUUUCACAUGGAAUUUGUCUUUAAUAUGAAGAGAAACACUGUCGAAAUGCAAAUCAAUCAAGACGCUGCGAGUCAAGGCAUGCGCGGGAUCCGCAAAUACGUGGGCCCGUUGACUGUGGCCGUUCAAGAAUUGGAUGGUUGGUUCUCGUAUACAUUCCCUAUUGAGAACAUCCAUUCUAAGCACGACAUCACUUGCCAUUCCAAAUCUCGAAGAAACAAAAAGAAGAAGAUUCCUCUUUGCAACAACGAAGAAGUCGACAUGGAUCUCAGUGCCAUGGACGACUCGCCAGUUUUAUGGAUUCGUAUUGAUCCGGAUAUGCAAUUAGUGCGAUCUUUGGACAUUCAACAACCCGACUUCCAAUGGCAAUACCAGUUACGACAUGAACGCGAUGUGACUGCCCAAUCUGAAGCUGCCAGAGCCUUGGAACGAUUUCCAUCAUUGGCCUCUCGCAAGGCCUUGAUCGAUAUGAUCGAGGAUGAAAAGUGCUUCUACCGCGUCAGAGGCUUGGCCACGCAUUGUCUGGCCAAAGUGGCGAAUUCCAUGGCCUCGAACUCGGAUGGACCUCCGCCUUUGUUGAUGAUAUUCAAGAAAAUGUUUGGCUCCUUUGCUGCCUCUCACAUCAUCAAGCAGAACGACUUUUCCAAUCUCCAAAGCUACUUCUUGCAAAAGGAGUUACCCGUGGCCAUGGCCAAAUUGCGAAACGUACAGGGAAUAUGCCCUCCUGAGGUACUAAAGUUUUUGCUGGAUCUAUUCAAGUACAACGACAACUCCAAGAGCAACUUCUCCGACAACUACUAUCGAGCGGCAUUGGUGGAUGCUUUGGGAGAAACUGUGACGCCUGUGGUGUCCAUGGUUCAAAAUGAGUUGGGUAGCUCGAUCACGGCCGAUUCGCUCUCACCGGACACGAAAGCCAUUUUGGAGGAAGUCACCCGCUAUCUCAAUUUGGAAAAGCUUCUACCCUCGUACAAAUAUACGGUCACAUUAUCGUGUCUGAAGACUCUUCGCAAGCUCCAGAAACAGGGCCAUCUCCCGAGCUCUCCAAUAUUAUUCAAAGACUAUGGCAAAUACGGUCAGUUCAUUGACGUGCGUUUGUCUGCAUUGGAGUGCUUUGUGGAUCAUGUCCGGAUGGAAGGAAACUUCAAGGAUAUCAGUCAUUUAUUAAACUUGGUGGAAACCGACCCUGAUCCGUAUGUUCGUCACAAGAUUUGUCGCUUUAUGAUCGAAAAUCCUCCCUUCGAUCGAGCACGACAUCACCGAAAUGACAAACCUGAACUAGUGGAACGGCUUUGGAACUUUAUGAAUUCGGGUUUCUGGUACGACAGUCGAUUGCGAUGCGACAUUGUCGACCUCUACUUCGAGUUGUACGGCCGCAAAAUGCCGGUUUGUAUCCCAUUGCCAGAAUUGGCCGCUCUUCAGCCUAAAAAGGUUGACAAGCCUAAAGGUAGUGCGAACAGAGAGAAGAAAUCCAGUUUCAUCAUUCCCAAGGCUGAGAAACGCAAAAUGGAGGAAAUCAUCCGCCCAGAUGCGAUUCCAGCCGAAUUUGCACACGCUCUCCCUCCUGUUAAUAGGGAAAUGGUGGCAGCUGACAUUCCGGAUUAUUUCUCAAUGGACGAUCCCGAGCCAGGUCCAAGCCAUCACGUGGGUCAGCCAGCCAAGAAAUCUCAUUUGGAGGUGGAAAAUGCUGCUGUGGAACUUGCUGCGGGAUCCGCCGAGCUCAGCUUGGAGACCAAAGAAAAGCACCAUAAGCACCGCAGAGAAAAGAAGAGUAAGAAAGAGAAGAAGAAGCAUAAGAAGGAGAAGAAAAGCAAGAGCAAAGAGCACAAGAAGAAGCAUAAGAAGGAGAAGAAGCACACCAGUGAGGACCAAAUGCAUUCGUCUUCAGUCAUGGGAAGUAGUGGCGCACACUCGAAAAUGAUGCCUGGAGGCAUGACUGAUGGAGGGCAAGCUUUGAGCUCGGAUUCAUCCACGCCCAGCACGGGUAAUAGUCCCAUACAUAGCACCAUGUAACAUGUUUACCUCUCCAUCUGUUCAUGCCUCGCUUAAUCCUAUUAUCAAAUAUAUGUGUACUAUAUUUCAGUAAAACUAAUGUUCCGUCA